AUGAACAGGGAGCCGAGAUACGAUGACCCGACGACCACCAAGGUGAAGAUCUCUGCCGAGUGGCCGCACAAGUUGGCGACGUUGCACAGCCCGGCCAGUCGGGGAGUACGCGCGCUGCUGCAGCGCUACGUCGAGCUGAACGAUCCCAACAAUGCCGGAAGCCGAGGAGCGAUCUCGAACCCUCUGAACAACCACUCGUUCCCGAGGUAUUCGAAACACUUCCAGGGCACUGCACUCGAUUUCGCGCCCACCUACACGCGGGGCGAAGAUAUCAAGUACGAGUCGACGAAUGCCACGAUGGCCAUGAAUACGACGAAGGCCACCACAACGACUACUACGAGGAGCCCGACAACGGAGAGACCGUGGAGUGACGAAGAGUUGAUGCACAUCAAUUCGUUCAUCCUGUGCAUGGUCGCGUUGCUCUUCCUCACCAUUUACUUCAAGUGCAGUGGGUUUUUCGGCUCUGGUCUGAAAAAAUACGAGGCACCGCCGCGGGUGACCUGGCUGGAGGUGACGACGCCAGAAGAUGCACACCCUCAAAAUCCGCCGAAACAGCCCGACGGCAUGGCCAAGUCGGCCAGGAGCAGCGCCACAGUC